CCCAAGAAGGGAGGCUUUUGAUGGUUUCCUAUUAUUGACAUAGUACUAGCAUGUGAAACACUUCUUAAUGAUACUUCUGGGUUUUGGCUCUAAAUAUAAUCAGUGCAGUCAAUAUUAAAUUAAUAGAUCUUAAAAGGAAUAAGGAAAAAUAAUUAGUUUUUCUUUUGGACAUUUGUAGUACAUUCAUACUGGGCUGUGGGGUUUUUUAGCCCUGAUACUGUUUGAUCUCUGUAUGUGUUGCUUGAUAGAACUUGCAGGUGUUAUAAAUUGAAUGAUAAAUAAUUCUUAGUGCAAUUCUAAUGUUUGAAUUGCUUAGCAAAUCUGAUAAAGCCAGGAGGAAAGAAAGACUCGCGCUUCCAGUAUAAGGUGGUAUCUUGAAUUGCUGGGAUAUUUAGGAUUGUAGUGGUAAACAGUUUAAUCUCUAAAGAGCAAUGAUGUAACUAAGAGGGUGACUGCUUUCUCAGGUGCAGAAAGCACCUCAGUAGCAGAAUAUUUAGUAUGACUAGUAGUGACUAAAAGUAACACAAGGUUUGAAAAUGUCUUACAAUAGCAAACUAAAUAUCAGUAUUUGUAUUUCUCUUUAAUGUUUUCUGAAACAAUCUCACACUUUCUUUUGACACUUACAGCUGGAGUUGAUACAAACUCUGCACUCAUCUAAAUGUAGACAGUGGAAGAAGAGCCAAAUACAAAUGAGUAAAUCUGGCAACUGACAAUAAUGCAUCCUAAAUCUAUCAAUUUUAUUUUCUCUAAUGAAAGAGAUGUUACUUUUUGCUACACUGUAGAGACUGAUUCAAUUUGAUUACUUGUUCAGAUUGUUAAGGAAUGAGAAAUAUAGAAGCAGUCCUGCUUAGUUCUUAAAAGCACAUAUAUACUGCAAUCAAAUUCUUGCUAGGUUUGUGGCCAGGCAAGAUAAGGGAACAAGCUACAAGCACUUCCAUAGGGAUGACAGAAAGGGAAAAAGAGUCUGAGUCAGGUCUGCGUAGUAAGAAAUGCUUCAAAUUAAAAUAUAGCACUUUACUAAAAUACUGUAGUGACAAUAUUUAUGAUCUUUAUUUCUUAUUAUUUUAAUGUGGUUUUUUUCUCUUAUAGAUAAAAUCUGGGGAAAAAUUGAAAUACUAUUGAUAAUACCCUUGCAAUGAUAUUUAAAAUUUAAAAAUUUCAGUUCUUCAGAUAACCAGCAUGCACUUGCAGUGGGACUGGCUUUGCUUGAGUGUCCUGAUAAUUAGCUCAGUGACUGCAGAAAUUGAAAAUGAAGAAACUCUGGAUGCAGAUGUCAAAGUGGAGGAUUUUGACAAGCAGUCUGAAGAAGCUGAUGUUGACAGAGAGAAAUCUUCCUUAGAGGUUGUGUACCAGACUCCAAAGCCAACUGGAGAAGUGUAUUUUACAGAAACCUUUGAUGGAGUAUUGGCUGGGUGGGUGUUGUCUAAAACCAAGAAAGAAGACACAGAUGAUGACAUUGCUAAAUAUGAUGGAAGAUGGGAAGUAGAAGAGCUGAAAGAAAACACAGUGCCUGGAGACAGAGGAUUAGUGUUAAAAUCAGUGGCAAAGCAUCAUGCAAUAUCAGCUAUGCUAACAAAGGCAUUUACUUUCAAUAAUAAACCUUUGAUUGUUCAAUACGAAGUGAAUUUUCAAGAAGGCAUUGACUGUGGUGGUGCAUAUAUUAAACUUCUCUCCAGUAGUGAUGACCUGAAUCUGGAAUACUUUUUUGACAAAACACCUUAUACUAUUAUGUUUGGACCAGAUAAAUGUGGAGAAGAUUACAAACUACACUUUAUCUUCAGACAUAAGAAUCCUCAAACUGGAGAAUAUGAUGAAAAACAUGCAAAACGUCCUGACGUAGACCUAAAAAAAUUCUACUUGGACAAGAAGACGCAUCUAUAUACUCUUGUGCUAAAACCAGAUGAUACAUUUGAAAUGUUAAUUGACCAAUCGGUUGUCAGUAAAGGAAGUCUUCUUGAGGAUAUGGUUCCUCCAGUAAACCCUCCCAAAGAAAUAGAGGAUCCUAGUGAUAAGAAGCCUGAUGAUUGGGAUGAGAGACCAAAGAUACCUGAUCCAAACGCUGUUAAACCAGAUGACUGGGAUGAAGACGAGCCUUCCAAAAUAGCAGAUCCUGAUGCUGUUAAGCCCGAGGGAUGGCUUGAUGAUGAACCACAGUAUGUUCCAGACCCUAAUGCAAAAAAACCAAAGGACUGGGAUGAAGAAAUGGAUGGGGAGUGGGAAGCCCCUCAGAUCCCUAAUCCAAAGUGCGAGACUGCACCUGGUUGUGGACACUGGGUGCGUCCCAUGAAGAACAACCCAAACUAUAAAGGAAAAUGGAAAGCACCUAUGAUAGAUAAUCCUAACUAUCAGGGUAUCUGGAGCCCUCGGAAAAUACCGAACCCAGACUAUUUUGAAGAUCUUCACCCGUUCAAGAUGACUACUGUCAGUGCUAUUGGUUUAGAACUCUGGUCUAUGACGUCUGAUAUCUACUUUGAUAAUUUCAUUGUAUGUUCAGAAAAAGAAGUAGCAGAUCGUUGGGCAGCAGAUGGCUGGGGCUUGAAGAAAUUAGUAGCAAGUGCUAACGAGCCUGGUAUGUUUAGUCAACUGGUGACUGCUGCAGAAGACCACCCAUGGCUCUGGGUUCUUUACAUCUUGACUUUAGCUCUCCCUGUUGGUCUAGGUGUGUUGUUCUGCUGGCCAGCAAAGAAAACAGAUGAAGAUAUUGACCUAAAAAAAAUGGAUGUAUCUAAGUCAAUUACAAAGGGAGAACUAAAACAAGAGAGAGAGGAGUUAGAAGAUGAUGAAAUAGAAUUAGAAGAAAAAGAAAACGAAGACACUGUUGAAUGUGAGAGAAGAGAAAUGGAGGAGACAAAAAGAGAGUUUAUAAAGGAGACAAAGAAGAUGGGAAGUGAGGCUCUUCCUUCAGAAGAUGAGGGUGAAGGUGCUGAAGAUAUUGAUGACGAAGAAAAUGAAGUUGCAGAUGGAAGUCAAGAAGAAGGUGAUAAAUCAAAUAAAUCUGGUUCAGAAGAUGAAAUGAAAGAAGCUGAUGAAAGCACAGGUUCUGGCGAUGGUCCACUGAAAUCAGUGCGCAAAAGAAGAGUACGAAAGGACUGAGUUACUUCCAGCUAGUAUUUGUAGGUCUAGAUAAUAGUAAUUUUUGUUAUGCCCCUUCAGUGGGCCUGACAACAUGCAAGUUCCUGAGAUUUGAAGGAAAAGGGGGACUCAUUGCUACUUAACCACCUCCUAUUUUAAUUCUUUAACCUCUUUUAACCUUCCCAAACUUCCUUGAUUUCCUUUUUUAAGGAGCAAUACUAUCUGUGAGGAGUUAGCUGAUGUUGCAAAUUCAGAAUAAAAGUGAACUUACAAGUUGGUCAGCUGAUUUUAAGGUGAAGAUUCUUAAUUGAAGAUUAUUCUAUGAUUCCUAGAAAUUAGUACUAGUUGGAGAUAAACUUAUUUAAAUAUUUUUUAAAACAUGAAUAAAUUAUAUUUUUGCAGCUCUAGCACAGAAUUAGCUGUUUACACUUUUCAGCUAGAAGAGGAUGACAGUAUAGAUGUAGCAUCUAUAGCAGUUCACGUUGCUAUGAGAAAAGGUAUUUUUUUUCUGUGCAGAGCUGAAUGCAAUAAUUGUUUUUGUAUGAUGAUUUAGUGCUAGCAACAAUUUUUAUUGUAAAUUAUUUAUUUUAGUUGAUCUUGUUACAUGAGUGGUUACCUGUUCACUUCAGGCAUUGGUUACAGUAAUUUAUUUUUAAGAGAUAUUUUAAAAUAGAAUACUCAUAGAACAAGUGGUAAUUUAUGUGACUUGUUUUAAUUUUGAAUGCAGAUAUCAAAUCUGCAAAAGUGAUAUACAGAUGAUUUUUUCAAACUUUCAUAGUUCUCAUGUUCCAAGCCAGAGUAGUAUGACCUCUGUGUAUAGAAUACUUGCUAAGUGUACAUUGCCUCCUAAAAAUAUUUAAUAAUUCUUGCUUAACAUGAAAUUUAUUAAUAUAGAUAAGAAUUUUUGAUGGCUUAAGUUUUUUACAGAUGUGAGUAACUGGGCAUUCUCAUAGUUUAAAUAAACUGCAUAUUGUAAAAGAAACUUUGUUUUAUUAAAGUUCAGCUGUAUAUUAAAACAAACAAUAAACUGCAGUCACCAGAAACCUCAUGCUGCUUGGCAGCUGCCUGUAAUAUUAGUAGGAUGUAAAAUGCCAGCAAAAGCAGUCAUACAUUAAAACCAAGUCAAAAUACGUUAAUUCAUAAGGAACCUAACAGAUUUCCUUGUGCCUAGCAAGAAGCUAGUUCUCUUAAAAAGGAAGUAUUUUCACAGCAAAUCAAGUCAGCAGAGAUUCUGUGCAAGUCUCUAACAAGUGAAUGCUUAAUUAACCCUAAUGAAGAAGCCAGCGUCUAAGUGCUUGCGUUGAAGUGUUCAAAAGUUAAUUAUAUUGGACUCUAUUUUGCGUGACCUACAUGGAAAGGCCUCUGUUUUUUUGUUUGGGUUUUUUUUUUAAAUGCAAGUUCGCUCUUUCUUUAGGGUCUACAUGCAAA